AUGGGGCGUUGCCGUUGCUUCCCGGUUGCGUUGAGAAAGCUAAUCGGCUUGGAACCGGAAGGCGACGACAACGUCGUCGAAAGGCCGGAAGAGCUGAUCAAUCGCUACGUGAGGCUUAUGACGGCCACAGCCAACAUUACAAGCGGUCUUGGGACGCUGGCGUUGCUGUGGUCCACCGUCGUCCUCCUCGGAGGCUUCGUCGCCGUUCUGGGGAUGAAGGACUUUUGGACUCUCACCCUACUCAGCUUCCUACUGGCGUGCAGGGUGGUUGACAAUUAUGACAAGGAGUUUAAGAGAGGGAUUUAUACGGAAGAGGUCAAAAUCAUGAGUUUUGUCAGGCGUCAGAAAUGGAUCGAUGAGGCCACGGCCAUGUGUCAAAGAUUCAUGCUGGGUACGGCGUUAUUACCCAAGUAUAUUUUGUUGAGCUGCCUUUUGCUACUGUCCUUCAAUGUUGCGCCGUUUGUGAGCCUGGGGAUCUCAGUGCGGCGUCUUGUACGACGAGAUUAUGGCGACGCCGGAGGAGAUGUUGCCAACAGAGCAAAACUGAAUGCCGCACUGGACAUCUUCUAUGCUCUAGCUCUGUUGCAGAGUCUAUUCGUCGUGUACUGGGUUGCCCUUCAAGUGAUGUUAGACGCGUCAGUUUUGGAAGUCACGGCUGUGACGAGCAAACAAUAUGGAGGUGAAGAAUGGAGUUUAACACUAGUUGAUAUGUACCGUUCAGAAACAAGAAGGAAGUUUAGGAAGGACGGGGAGCUGCCCGGCAAUUGGAACUUCAUCACCUACGGCGUUGAGUUGCUCCAGUCUGCAUCUGGGGACGAUGACCACCGAUGGGGAGCAAGGAUACUAGACAAGCUGAUCUCUGGCAAGGAUAAAUCUGUAAGGCAGGAGCUGCUAUCUUCCAGGCUCUCUAUUCAGAAUCUGAUGGGCAUGAUUGGUCGUCGGAGAGGCGCAGCUGAUGGUGACAUGGAGAACAGAGAGCGCGCCACAACCAUUGUUGCACACCUUGCCAGUGACCUCCAUAUAACAAGCUUCCCGGGUACAUUGCAGUGCAUUUGUUCCCUACUUGAAAGCACUAGCAGCUGUGACUGUGAACCAAAGUCGCAUGCCUGUCCGUCGGGAAAUCCUGAUGAACAGGCGACACUGCCUACCGAUGAAAAUGAUCAUCAGCAUGGGUCACUGGAAACAUCCGAGCAUCAAGACGAUGGUACCCACAUGGACAUGUUCAUCAUCUUCGGGUUAGCCGCCAAGAGGAAAAGAAAACAGAUUAAGAAAGACUUUGAGGAUAAUCCCAUCAUCAGGGUCCGGCAACUAGACAAGGAGCUGAAGAAAUAUUCUGAAUCCAAGUACCGCCGCUCCUAUAAAUCUAGAGGAGCCAAAGAGCUGAUUUCUCAGGGCCUCCUGAUUCUUGAGAGGCUCACACAGGACCAAGGGAACUGUACAGAGAUAAGUAAGGACCAAAGCCUCCUCUCUAGGAUCACGUCACCACUGAUGAGAAGCGCAAGCCAUGGCGACUUCCUCACCAAGCUGAGCGACAACACAACGGUUGAAAUGCUAAGCAAGUCACUCACAGUGCUGAGCAGGCUACUUACCGGUGCUGGAGAUGACGUAACAAGGCUGCAUCAGAAGCUGGCGAGUAACACAGAAGCUGUCAGCAAUCUGAUGGGUAUCUUGGAGAAUGACAGUGAAGGUGCCCAGAAACUGCAUGAACAAGCCCUGGAGAUCCUGACAGAGUUAGCAUUCGAUGGUUCUUUCAAAGAACUGGAUUUUAACAAGCUUUUCAAGGCCCUGCUACGUAUCUUCCUCGAGAAAGAGACUAACAAUAUUACAAAGCAAGAGCCCAACAAUAAUGCUACAUCUCAAGUGGAACCAGCGGACACAGAGAGAGCACCCAAACUGAGGGGAAAUGCAGGGGAAGCACUGGCCAGACUGCUUCCUGUUCGCGCUGCAAGAGGUAUAAUUUCCAAGCAAGAGGCGAUCGACUUAUUGAACAAGGUUCUCCAUAAAAUACUAUCUAGUAAAAUGGGAACAACUGCAGAUGCGGUAGAGAUUGUCGUAGAAAACCAGCCCCAAGAAGAUGCAGACACUGACAGUGUACAGCCUCCCAUUCAGGAAAAUGAAAAGCAAUCUGAAGAAAGAAAAUUUAUGGCAGCCAUGUUAUCCCUCGCCGUGGUGAUAUGCAACGAAAAUAUGAUCAGUAAAGAAGAUUUUGCUUGUGCCACCGCCACCCCUCGAGAUGGAGCAGUGGCAAAGAAGCUCAAGGAAAUAUUACAAGUAAACAAACAGAGCACGGCUCAGUGUUUGAGGAUAGUGAAGCUUACCUGCCAGGUGGUUAUAGUCAUGAUUGAAGUGAAACCCAGCUGCAUCGCACAUUUCAAUGAACACAAUUUCAAGGGAACACUGGCCGAGGCAUUGGAAACCAUGUCGGAGGUUGAUGACUGCAUGCUCUUUGCUGGGAAUGAAUGUGAGGUGAUCAAGCCUGCGAGGUCUCUUACUUCUCUUGUGAAGGAAGCACAUGAACUCCUGAAGACAGCACAAGAACAGGGUAACUGUGAAUGGGGGGAGGAUUUACGCAAGCAUGACUGCGAGCAGUUUCCUGGACAAACAAAGCAGAUAUGUUCAACUUCACAUGAAGAGCAUUGCAAUAAGCUUCCCAGGAUAUUGGGAUAUUGGCAAAAUAAGGUUGGCCAGCACGCAUUACUAAAGGAUUUGCAUGGCCGAUCAUACAUCGCUGAUAUCAUGGGAGGCAUGUCUGGGUGUUUCUUUGAUGGAAACGAAGUAGAUGGUUCAGUUCCCGAUCGUACUAUUUCCACAACACUAUCAAGUUACUGUGCAUAUCUGAUGGCAUUUGUCCCAGAGCUGCUGCCUGACGAAGAAUUAGAUACCAGAAUCACAUUUCAGGAGGUGAGACUUGAAGCACAUAAUAUGUUGUCUAAAGACACUACACUGCAUGCAAAAUACGUGUGGAUGAAGCAUUAUAAGGAACAGCAGUCUGAUCAUGAGCGAAUUUUGAUUAAAGGGAUCCUGCUUGGAAGGAAGCUUGAAGAGAUAGGAGAUGACAUCCGCUGGAAGAUACUAGCAGAUUUCUAG